CCCCCAACUCGGUCCAAGGCGAGUCUGCCAAAAGGCUGCCCAUUCAAAGUGCUUUGGCAGCCGUCGGAGCUGGAGAGCGAGAAGCGAGCGCUGCUGCCUGCUUCUCCCGGUUGCCCACGCCUCGUCUACCGUUUCCUCCCAGACUUGCCUAUCCCAGCAGUCGAUUCAGCAGGGGAGGCUUUGCAAAGGUCCCGCUGAGCAUCCCCCGGAGAGAGAGUCACAGAGGAGGGGGGGAGAAGCAUCCCGUCCGUGGUCCUUCCUUACCUUCUUGCGAGGCGCUCUUUUCGCUUCCUCCGGCUCCCAGGCGAGGAUGCUGAAGGCGUCGUGGCUGCGCGAAGAGGCGAAGGAGGGCAGCCUCCGCUCCUCCUGAUGAUAUUUAUUUAUUGAAGGGGUGGAAGAGGAUAUGAUGCUUCCUUUGGAUUUCCCCUUCCCUGAACUAGAGGUGCAAAAAUAAUAAUGCUGGAAUAGGUUUUAGAAAAGAUUGAGUGAAGAGAGCAAAGAAGGUCAAAAGGUUUACAACAGCAAGGUCUACAGACAUCAAACAUGUGGUGAGAGAAGUGGGGUGGGAUUCAGUUCCCACCCCCAAUAACCAUCUAUGUCAGGUUUGCCUGUCCGCGCAGAAGCUGGGCUGGACGGAGCAUAAAGAUGCUGAAGGGUGCUUGGCUGCUCAGUGUCUUCACAGUGGCUGGGAUCUUGCCGACAGAGAGCCGCAAGCCUGCCAAAGACAUUUGCAGCAAGAGCCGCUGCCCUUGCGAGGAGAAGGAGAACGUGCUGAACAUUAAUUGCGAAAACAAGGGAUUUACGACCGUCAGCCUCCUCGUGCCGCCGCCAUCCAAGAUCUGCCAGCUCUUCCUCAAUGGCAAUGCCUUCACUCGCCUCUACCCAAAUGAGUUUGUCAACUACUCCAACGCAGUGACCCUGCACCUGGGCAACAACGACAUGCAGGAGAUCCGAGCUGGGGCCUUUGUAGGCCUUCGGACCCUUAAGAGGCUACACCUCAACAACAACAAGCUGGAAACCCUACGAGAGGACACUUUCCUAGGCUUGGAGAGCCUGGAAUACCUUCAGGCUGACUACAACUACAUCAGCGCCAUCGAGGCCGGGGCUUUCAGCAAGCUCAACAAACUGAAAGUCUUGAUCCUGAAUGACAACCUCUUAUUGUCACUGCCCAGCAACGUGUUCCGUUUUGUCCUGCUAACUCAUUUGGACCUCAGAGGGAACAGGCUGAAGAUGAUGCCAUUUGCUGGAGUCCUGGAACACAUUGGAGGCAUCAUGGAAAUCCAGCUGGAGGAGAAUCCAUGGAACUGUACCUGUGACCUCCUCCCUCUCAAGGCUUGGCUGGACACCAUCACUGUCUUUGUAGGGGAGAUAGUCUGCGAGACCCCAUUCCGGUUGCAUGGCAAAGAUGUCACCCAACUCACAAGGCAGGAUCUUUGCCCACGAAAAAGUGCAGGUGACUCCAACCAGAAGGAGAAGCAUUCCUCCCACUCUGACACACAUGCCCAGAGAUUCCCCCCAACAACUAAUUCUGCCGUUGGUGCCACCAGAGCCCCGAAAUCCAGUCGCCCACCCAAAACAAGGAACCGCCCAACUCCACGGGUCACAGUAUCUAAAGACAGGCAGAUCUUUGGGCCUAUCAUGGUUUACCAGACCAAGUCCCCUGUGCCACUCACUUGCCCAAAUGGCUGCGUCUGCACUUCUCAAAGCUCUGACAGUGGGUUGAAUGUCAACUGCCAAGAGAAAAAAAUUGGCAACAUCUCUGAUCUCCACCCAAGGCCCACCAGUCCAAAGAAACUCUAUCUCACAAGUAAUUACUUGCAAACUGUCUACAAAACAGAUCUCUUGGAAUACAGCUCAUUGGAUUUGUUGCAUUUGGGAAACAACAGGAUUGCAGUGAUUCAAGAAGGUGCCUUCUCUAACCUCACCAGUUUACGCCGACUCUAUCUCAAUGGUAAUUACCUUGAGAUCCUGUACCCUUCCAUGUUUGAAGGGCUGCAUAGCCUGCAGUACCUCUAUUUAGAGUAUAACGUUAUCAAGGAUAUCCUGCCACGUACCUUUGAUGCCCUGGGGAACCUUCACCUGUUAUUUCUGAACAACAAUCUGUUGAGGUCCCUGCCUGACAAUGUGUUUGGGGGCACAACUCUGACCAGACUCAACCUGAGGAACAACCAUUUCUCAUACUUGCCAGUGCGAGGGGUCCUUGACCAGCUUUCAGCUCUGAUUCAGAUUGACCUCCAAGAAAACCCUUGGGAUUGUACUUGCGACAUCAUGGGGCUGAGGAACUGGAUUGAAAGAGUUACAGAGCAAAACAACCAGCAGUUGGGGACCCCUGUCGUUAUUAAUGAAGUCAUCUGUGACUCUCCCACCAAGCAUGCUGGAGCACAUCUCAAGACCUUGAGCAAGGAGGCCAUCUGCCCUGAGAACCCCAAUCUGUUAGAUUCUUCUUUUCUGUUGCCAAAUCUGAACACAGACAUACCACAGGCCUUCAGUAUCUUUCCCAGCUCCUAUCCAGAAAUACGUACUGAAGUCCCUCUUUCUGUCUUAAUUUUGGGCCUUCUGGUCGUGUUUAUUUUGUCUGUCUGUUUCGGGGCUGGUCUGUUUGUCUUUGUUCUCAAACGUCGCAAGAGUAUGCCAAGCGUUCCCAGCAGUGCCAACAAUCUUGAUGUAAGCUCCUUCCAGUUGCAGUAUGGGUGCUACAAUAGCGAGGCGCACGAGAAAGCAGAAGGGCAUGUGUAUAAUUAUAUCCCACCUCCUGUCGGCCAGAUGUGCCAGAACCCUAUCUACAUGCAGAAAGAAGGCGACCCAGUGGCUUACUAUAGGAAUCUCCAUGAGUACAGCUACAGUAAUCUCGAGCCUAAGAAAGAGGACUCUGCCAGCCUAGCAUUUACAAUCACUGCAGCAGAAAUGCUGGAGAAACAGGGCUUUUCGAGGGAACCAGAGUUGCUGUAUCAAAACAUAGUGGAGAGGGUCAAGGAGUUGCCCAGUGGAAGCCUGGUCCAUUAUAACUUUUGCACCCUCCCCAAAAGACAGUUCACACCUUCCUAUGAGUCGAGGCGACAAAACCAGGACAGGAUAAAUAAAACAGUUUUGUACGGGACUCCCCGGAAAUAUUUUUCAGAGCAAUCCAAACCUGAACUUCCUUUAUUGCAAGAGAAACUACAGACUGAACCAGACUACCUCGAAGUUCUGGAAAAACAAACUGCCAUAAGUCAGCUGUGAAGUGGAGCCGGGGUUGGGGAAGGCUGGGCUGAGGAUUCAUUUGCUGGGGGAGAAGUCUUAAAAAGAAAGAAAGAAAGAAAUGAAAGAAAGAAACCCAAUUCCGAACUUGACAGACCAAGGCAAUGUGUCAAAUCCUCAAGAGUUUCCACAUUUUAAAUUCUCAAACAACCCUUCUACAACGCCAGGGCUAUGAUGGGUGCUUUUCUUUUUCUGUUAUGUCCCCUUUAAGUUAUUGCUUGGAUUCCUCCACAUCCCAUCCCUCAGCCCUUUGGGAAUUGAGGCUGAACCAUAAUGUUUUUACAGGAGCAGUUUUGCCUACAUUUCUUUCCGUGGUGGGGGUGGGGACAUAGGACAGUGAAAGGAUGCUGGGGGGGAAGUUCCCCCCCCUCCCGUACACUUGAAAGGGAAUAGAUAUUCUCCAAAAUUUCUCUCCUCCCCAGACUUAGAACAUUUCUUCUCCCCCCCCACCCCCUUUUUUGUAAAUAAUAUUGUCAGUACAGCUCUUUCAAUUACCAAGUGCAGCCACACGGCGUCACUUCUUUUUUCCUUUUCCUUUUUGGCAUUAAAGUGCCUUUGCACUUUGAGUACCUUAUUACUUAAGUGUUGCGCUUAGCUUUGAGAAACCUGAAUCUAUUUUAAUGUGUUGUGUAUUUUUUUUUCUUUUUGAAAUUAUUUUAAAAAGAAGGAAAUGUAAAAAAAAAAAAAAGAUCUCUUACGUGUCGGCUGCAUUCAGCUGAAAGGGGCUGCUGUUUCACAGACAGCAAAAACCAGCCCGUCUUUGUUAAGUGAUUCUAGUUCAAAGGCUUUUUU